AUGGGCGCUAAAACGUGUUGUUGUGGUCGGACGGAGCGAAAGGAGGACGAGCAUCUCACUGAUAACCUGCUCGCCAGGCAGCCGCCUCUCCCAGGUUUGUUUUUUUUCAAUUUUUUUGAGAAUUUUAGUUGAAAGAAAGCAAAACAAUAGAUGCUUCAUUAAAAUUUUCACUCAAUUCGAAGAAAAUUAGCGCCCAUUACCUUACGAACUUUGGAUAGACACACUUUCUGAUAACAAGAUUGAUGAAUGGCGGUUGGCGGCUAGGUCUAGGUCUCUUCCGUUAUCUCCGCGGCCGCAACCAACCUCCUUCUCUUUUUGUCGUCGAAAAACCAGAAAAAUGGCGCGACUGAGUGUGUGACCAUAGGCCUGAAAAGUCGAUAUGCGCAGUUGAGGAGAAACGGAAACGCCAUCCACCGUUCAUACGCUGCCUCACCGCCGCGCCUCCACCAACAUCAGCAAAACAGUGUUUAUAAAUUCUUCUCCUAGUUGUCAACGUUUUCUGCUCACAGAAUGGAAGGUCGAAUUUCUUCUUUUCUUGAUUUGGCACUUUCUUCUAGUUCGGUUUUUCAGAUGCCUGCCGAGGAACGCUGCUCGUUUUUAUCAAUCCGCACAGUGGACUAGGAAAAAGUUUGGAAACUUUCACGCAGAAAGUGAAACCGGAACUCGAGAAGAACUCGGUUCAUUUUGAAGUUGUUGUGACAAGUGAGUAAAUCUAAUUAUUCUGCAUUUGCAAAAAUUUUCAAGAUAGCAACGCGCUUUGUAGUGCUGUGUUUUUAAACUUGACGGAAAUCCUUUCGAUCACAAUUUUCCCCAUUUUCUAAGAGUUAAUUGUACACACGCAGUUUUUUGUAUAUUUUGCUAACAUUUGUCUCUACCGUAUCCCCCUCAAAUUUAAAGGCGCAGAACUCCGACUCGUGUUGCUGGCUUGAAAAAGUUUCGCUCCUUGCAAGACCCCGCUCCGGCAAAUGCAUCAUAUUUUUGAUUUAAACGAGAAAAAUUAUUUGCAGCUGGCCCCAACCACGCGAGAAAUGUUCUCAAGACAAAAACGGAUCUUGGAAAGUUCAACGGAAUACUCAUUUUGUCGGGAGACGGACUCGUGUUCGAGGCGUUGAACGGAAUUCUCUGCCGUGAUGACGCGUUCAAGAUAUUCCCGAACCUUCCGAUCGGAAUCGUUCCGAGUGGCUCUGGAAACGGACUAUUGUGCUCGGUGUUGUCGAAAUACGGGACAAAAAUGGAGGAGAAGUUAAUUAUGGACCGUGCGUUGGAAGUUGCCACGUCACCCUCUCCGAAAGCCGAGUCUGUCGCACUGCAUUCUGUCAAAACGGACAAUCAGACGUACGCCUCUUUCCUCUCCAUUGGAUGGGGACUUAUGGCAGAUAUUGGUGAGUCACUGUCUUUGUAAUGAAUUGUUUUCAACAUCUCACUUUCAGAUAUUGAAAGCGAGCAAUGGAGACGGACGUUGGGUGCGCACCGGUUCUUCUGGAUGGGUGUUAUUCGCAGUAUAAGUGAGUUUACCCAAUUUUUGUCAAAUCCUAAUAAAUAAUUUAGAUCUGCGCACUUACAAGGGUAGACUGACGUACCGUCCGUACAAACCAAAGUCCUUCAAACCCUCAUCAAAUGUGUUCGACAUCUAUGAGAAGACCACGCAGCAAAGGGUAAGUAUCUAAUCGCACGGAGCGUUCUUGUUCAUAAGCUAGUUGAGCUUUCAGAUCGAUGACGCUAAGAACCAACCAAAACAAUGGGAGCUUCACAAUAAGGAAAAUGAGUCGGAGGAGGACCUGGUGACGAUCGAGGACGAAUUCAUCAACGUUUACGCGGUGACUUGCUCUCACAUCGCGUCCGACGGCCCAUUCGCUCCGAGUGCCAAGCUAGAGGACAACAAAAUUCACCUCUCGUACAUUCUGGCCAAAGAUAUCACCACGAGAAUCGAUGUCGCCAGAUAUCUUUUGGCCAUUGAGCAAGAGUCUCACAUGUUUCUACCAUUUGUCAAGGUACGUAGCCGAUCUCGUACAAUCUGCUAGAAAAUUUUCAGUGAAUAAUGUAGCUAAUGUCUAAUUGUAAGCUUUUUUAAAUUUUAGAUUGUGGAAGUGUCAUCGAUAAAAUUGGAUGUGUUGAGCGAGGGAUCGUACGUGGUUCUCGAUGGAGAAGCUGUCGACACCAAGUCGUUGACCGUUUCUGCCACCCACAACAACAUCUGCGUUUUCUCUCCUGGUUCAUAA